AAAGGGCCUCUCACUUAGGAGCUUCUCCAUUCUGUCAGCUCUCCCGGAACACCCAAGGCAAGACUGGCACCCAGUGCACGGCAGGACCCAUGGAGUCCUUCAGCUCGAAGAGUCUGGCCCUACAGGCCGAGAAGAAGCUGCUGAGUAAGAUGGCCGGCCGGUCCGUGGCUCAUCUCUUCAUCGACGAGACAAGCAGCGAGGUGCUGGACGAGCUCUACCGUGUGUCCAAAGAGUACACGCACAGCCGGCCCCAGGCCCAGCGGGUUAUCAAGGACCUGAUCAAGGUGGCGGUGAAGGUGGCCGUGCUGCACCGCAGCGGCUGCUUCAGCCCCGGCGAGCUGGCCCUGGCCGCCCGCUUUCGCCAAAAGCUGCAUCAGGGCGCCAAGACGGCGCUCAGCUUUGGCGAGGUGGCCUUCACCUUCGAGGCCGCCGUGCUGACCGACCUGCUGACCGAGUGCCGGGACAUGCUGCUGGAGCUGGUGGCGCACCACCUGACGCCCAAGUCACACAACCGCAUCCGCCACGUGUUCGACCACUUCUCGGACCAGGGCCUGCUCACCGCCCUCUACGGGCCCGACUUCACUCAGCACCUGGGCAAGAUCUGCGACGGGCUCCGGAAGCUGCUGGACGAGGGCAAACUCUGAGCGCCGGGCGGCGGCCGCGCGGCCGACUGAGCCACGGCGACAGUUCUAACCCCGCUCAUCCGCACUAACGCUUCUCGGUCCUGGGGCCGCAGCCUUUGCCAAGGGCGCCUCUGACUCGGGGGCCACCCCACCCCCACCCCGCCGGUGGAGAACCCAUGCUGAGGCUUGCGGGGUGCUCCCACUCCGGCCCCGGGACAGGAAACCGGCUGCCCGAAAAGACGAAGUGAAACUUGGAUCUCUUAUUCCCCCCACAGGGAUGUCGGAACCAGGAAAGCCCCUUCUCCUAAGAAGUGGGCGGAGAGAGCAGAGCCCGGUUAACCCCUCCGGGGACACUAAAGACAGAGGGGGGGGAA